UUGGGCCUCUGUAAUCCUCUGAAACCAAGAAAAUCAAGAUCCGCUUCCAGCCCGGGGGCAGAACCAGAAGCAAUCUCCCUGCUCAGUGCUCCCCACUCUUCUUCUUGCUCCUUCCCUUCCCUUCCCUCCACAGACCCACUUCCCGUAAACCCCGCAAAUUUCCGCUCUCUUGAUUUUCCACCACCCCCCAAGAAGGGGAAAUCAAGAAAGCAACCGCCAUUUCCGCUUCCCCCCACCCACCGCCGGAGCGAGCUCAGCGAUGGCCGAGGUGGUUCUCCACUCGCCCUCGCAUUUCCCGUCCUCCCCGGCCUCCCCUUCCUCCUCCACCUCCUCCUCCCUGUCCUGCGCCCCCCGCCCCGGCCCCGGCGGCGACGCCCUCCUCGCCCUCGGCGCCCCGGCCUCGCCGCCCUCGUCGGCCGCGGCGGACUACGGCGGCGACUCCUCCGCGGCGGCGGAGGAGGGGGAGGAGGGGGAGGAGGAGGAGGAGUGCGUCUCCAAGGAGGGGGACGGGCGGGAGGGGGACCAGCUCUCGCUGCUGGCGUUGCUGUUCGCCAUCUUCAGGAAGUCCCUGGUCGCGUGCAAGAGCGACCGGAGGGAGAUUUGCGCGAUGGAGAUCGGGUGGCCGACCAACGUGCGCCACGUCGCCCACGUCACCUUCGACCGGUUCAACGGGUUCCUCGGCUUGCCCGUCGAGUUGGAGCCCGAGGUGCCCACGCGAGCCCCUAGCGCCAGUGCACAUGUUUUUGGAGUCUCGACGGAAUCCAUGCAGUUAUCUUAUGACUCUAGAGGGAACAGUGUGCCAACAAUACUGCUGCUUAUGCAACGAAAGCUGUAUUCUCAAGGAGGUUUACAGGCAGAAGGUAUUUUCAGGAUAAAUGCAGAAAACAGUCAGGAGGAGUCCGUUAGAGACCAAUUAAAUAGGGGAGUGGUACCUGAGGGCAUCGAUGUGCAUUGCCUAGCUGGACUUAUCAAGGCAUGGUUUCGAGAACUUCCGACUGGUGUGCUGGAUCCUAUUUCACCAGAGCAAGUAAUGCAAUGCCAGACUGAGGAAGAAUGUGCCGAACUUGUGACAGUUCUACCUCCAACAGAAGCUGCAUUACUGGAUUGGGCAGUUAACCUCAUGGCUGAUGUUGCUCAGAUGGAGCAUUUAAACAAAAUGAAUGCGCGCAAUAUCGCCAUGGUUUUUGCUCCAAAUAUGACUCAGAUGGCAGAUCCCUUAACUGCUUUGAUGUAUGCUGUCCAAGUGAUGAAUUUCCUCAAGAUGCUAAUAAUAAGAACCCUGCGAGAAAGAGAGGACUCUUCAGUGGAACCAGCUCGGGCUUCCAGUCUUGAGCCUUUUGAUGAGAGUGGACACCAGAGUCCUUCCCAGCCCUGUCUAGGAGAUACUGCCCAGGAUAAUGAAGAAAGCGAGCGAGUUUUUGCUGCUGAAGAACCCGAUACGGAUGGCUUAUCUAACUCAGAUGAAAAGGCGAGCAUCAGUGAAGGAGAAUUAUGUCGUCAUGAGGAGGUGAUGGAACUCGACAUCUUUAACUGUGAGACGGAGGCCAAAAUGUUUGGUACUAUCAAGAGCAGAAUCCAAGAGGAUGGAAGGAAGGCCAGCUUUGGCCAAUCUAGUGAUACAGACUUUGAGAAGAGUCCUUUAAUGAUGGACUUGCAUCAACCUGCAUUCCAGGUGACGAUGCCUGUAGAGAAGAGUAGGGUGAUUGGUGGCUUAAGCCGUAUAGAUUCAAGAACGGAGUGGAUUGAGGCAUGGAGAUGAAAUAUUUCUGCACUUCUAGGGAACAAGCUUCUAGAUGACCUCAUCGAGUGUAAGUUUGUAUGAAUCGGAGUCGGGGCAAGGUUUUGUGAAAGAUUUGUGUUCUGUUUCACGGUGCCAGAUUUUAGGAUUGUUUGAUACUGUCUAAUGUUGCAACAACAUUCCACUUGUGAUCAUACUAACUCAGUGGAGAUUCACUC